CCGUAGUUAAGAGCAUGGCGCGGUUUCAUGCUGCAGAUGGCAGUCUCGGGUUGUUUUGCGCGCAGCUGGUGUUUGUCCCUACUGAGGUUCCGUAGUUAAGAGCAUGGCGCGGUUUCUGGAGCACAGCUGAAGUUAAAUCCGGUCGAUGUGGGAACCAUGUGCUCCCUCGCGUUCUUCCCGCCGCCGCCGCCGUUCAGCGGACAGGUUACUUUAUAUGAGGCAAAUAAUGAGCUCGUAUGGGGGAAUUGGACCGAGUGCUGCGAGAAACAGCACUGGACACCUCCUAGCCUUCAUUUUCCAAGGGAGACGCUGAAACCACACAGUCGCCCAGAGAGCAGCAGCAAAGCAGCCUUCCUGGAUCACAGAGAUACUUUGUGGAUGAGAAGUGCUGGAGCCUGGCAUGAUGCUGGGCUUACUGGGCUAUUAGAUGAAAUUACUAACAGUUCUGAAGAAGUACCCAAGUGGCUGACGUUGAGUUCCGGAUGUGUUUUGGCUCUUCUGCGAUGGAUGUCUUCAUUCCAUUGUUCUCUGUUUCCACAUCUGACGUUAAGUGGUGAGGAUAUGGUCGCUGAAUUUUCACAAGUAUUGAGUUGGUCUGAUAGCGCUGUCCAAAGCUUUGCAUGGCAUCCUCACACAGACAAGUUUGCAGUAGCCCUCCUGGAUGACUCCAUUAAGAUCUACAACUCUCGGAGUGCAAUAACUCCGAUCCUGAAGCACAGACUGCAGAGGAGUGUGAGUGCUAUGCAGUGGAAGCCUCUGUGUGCAUCUACACUGGCCGUGGCCUGCCACACCUGCCUACUAAUUUGGCACGUGGACCCGAACUCGCUCUCUACACGGCCCUCUUCUGGUUGUGCUCAGGUAUUAUCUCAUCCUGGUCACUCUCCAGUUACUUCCAUUUCUUGGUCCCCUUCUGGUUCUCUACUAGUAUCUGCCUCUCCUGUUGACACAGCCAUGAUGCAGUUACAGACCAGUGCCCAGCUGUGUUUUGCGUUGUGUGUUAUUCAGGUAUGGAAUGUGGCUGCAGAAAUCUGUGUUCCUCUGCAGCGUGUAGGAGGUGGAGGAGUCACAAAUCUGUCAUGGUCGCCAGAUGGCAGCCGACUGUUGGCGGCCACUCCAUCUGCUCUGUUCAGGGUAUGGGAGACAAAGAUGUGGACGUGUGAAAGGUGGCCUUGUCUCAAAGGCCGCUGUCAGUCAGGGUGCUGGAGUCCGGAUGGAAGUAGAUUGUUGUUCUGCGUUCAGGGAGAAACGGUGAUCUACGCGCUUACUUUUUCAGAUGUGGCAGGAGGACCUAAGUCUGCUGCAGUGGUGGCUAAUCUCUCUGUGACUACUUUCAGUGGGCCUGACGGUGACCUAAUAGUUGGGGGAGAGGUUCAGUCUCUUGCCUGGGAUCCCACCGGAGAGAGGCUGGCUGUGCUUCUGAAAGGAAAUGCAGAAUCCUCCAAUCAUUCUGCCAUCAUUGCUGUAUUUAAAACACGCUCCAGCCCCGUCUUUGAGUUACUUCCAUGCGGUUUUGUGAAAGGCGAGGCCGGAGCAGAGCCAAGACUGAUGCAGUUCCAGCCUCACUUUCAGCAUGGUGCAUUGCUCACUGUGUGCUGGUCAAAUGGCCGAAUCUCUCACGUGCCUUUCUACUUUGUUGGUGUGGGGAAGCCAUGUUCAACUGGAAGCCCUCCACUUCCCCACUUCACCAGCAAGAUAGAAGAUUACAUUACACACACACUCUACACAGAACAAAUGUCCUAAACACCUUUGUGUGUUUCAUCCUCAACCAGUGCUACUUGCUUUACAUACUUAUAUUUUUCAAAAAAAUACUUACAAUUACAGUACAUGUUGCAUAAAAUAAUAAAAUGUAGAUUUUCUCA